AUGAGCAAGGCUACAGAUAAUGGAGGCGAACGUGGUCGCAAAAGAAAAUCCCGCUGGAGCGACGAAACACACGCCAAGGUUUGCAUCCCAGGCGUGCCAACAGUUUUGCCAAAUACGUUGACGCCCGAACAGGAAGAAUCAUUUAUACUGCAACUGCAAAUAAACGAAUUAACUCAUCAGCUUCGUGUGAAUGAAGUGACGAUUCCACACAACCGAGAAGAGAGAUCUCCAUCCCCACCGCCAAUAUACGAUUCCACUGGUAAACGGCUAAACACGCGUGCAUACCGCGAACGCAAAAAAAUAGAAACAAGACGCCACCAGCUGAUCCAGCAGAUGCUAGCAAUUAAUCCAUCGUUCAAGCCUCCGUCAGACUAUAAACCACCUAAAUACUGCAACAGUGAGAAGGUUCUUCUACCACAGGACCAGUAUCCGCACAUAAACUUUAUCGGUUUGCUUAUUGGGCCACGCGGCAGCACAAUCAAGGCGAUCGAAAAGCAAACCGGCACCAAGAUCAUCAUCCGUGGCAAAGGUUCGACAUUGCCCUCGAAGGUUGCACCGGUGGCUGAAUCAAAUGAGCCACUUCACGCGUUCAUUACUGCCGACAAUUCUGAGGCCGUUGCGAAUGCCGCCAAAUUCAUCCAGGACGUAAUCACGAAAGGAGUCGAAGAUCCAAACCAUCUAAAUCAGCUGCGCAAAGAGCAACUGUACGCACUGGCUGUGCUUAAUGGUACCAUUCGCCCACAGUCUGACUUUGGUUCUCAUAGCGAGAGACCGCUUAUGAGAAACAACGUGAGCAGCAUCGUCUGUUCGGCGUGUGGUGGUGGUGGUCACAUCACAAGCGACUGCAUAAGUAAACGACCAUGCUAUCAAGAGAAACCAGAGUCUUCCGAUAACAGUAACAAAUUCGAUAAGCUUUACCAGAGCUUUUUGGAGGAAAUUGGUGCAAAUGCUCCAGAAAGCGAUUCGCUUCAACCACAAUACAGAACAUAA